GGAGGGAGCUGGUUCCCGGGACAUCGCCCUCACAUAGCAUGCUCGGACUUGUAGUUCCACCGCCUCCUGCUCUGUAGACGCAUUGUAUUUGCUGUCUUACGUAUACAAAUGUCUGCCUGUGGACCAGGCCAUGCGCUGCUCCCAUUAUACAUGAAAUAUACUGUAUGCGCUAGUCUAUAACUGGUAAUGGGGGAAUUGUGCCUGAUUAUAUCGAGUAGCCACAGACACUUGUACUCUGCAGUUGCAUUACAGGGCAGCAUGCACACUUCUACUCCUCAGUCAGGGGAGCGCCAAAAGCCAUUAUCCCCAGUGGGUGCGUAUCUGUCUCCAGCCACUAGAUCACAGCCUGUCAGUGCUGCAGGGACCCCAACUCUGCAGAACUUCACCAGCAACGAUGAUGAGUGGGAAAGGAAACAGCGUCGACGAUCCAGGGUGAUUGACUUGCAGCUCAGUAAUGCGGAUUCCCCAGCAUCCACCAUAUCCCCUUCCCAGAGGUCUGAGGCAAUAUCACUUCUGCUGCCCAAACUCAGCAACGCGCAGAUCUCGGAUCACUACUCUACCUGCAUCAAGCUGUCCCAGGAGAAUAGAAUAACAACAAAAAAUGCCUUCGGGCUGCACCUGAUUGAUUACAUGGGGGAUAUUCUCAAGGAGAAAGACAGUGAGCUCACCAACUUCAAGGUUGCAGCUGGGACACUGGAUGCCAGCGCCAAGAUCUAUGCAGUGCGGGUGGAUGCAGUACAUGCUGAUGUGUACAAAGUAUUGGGUGGGCUUGGCAAAGAAUCACAAGGACCAGAGCGGGGAGAGAACCAGGACGUUGAAGAUGCAGGCAAAGAGCCUGACAGCAGGAGGAGGAAAAGACAGCAUUCUGUGGAAACAAUUGAACAGAAUCUUAACAACAUCACUCGCUCGGCGACAGAACGCAGCAAUCAGGUUGACCCCCUCUUCCAGAAAGCGGCUGCCUCAUUUGAUGAAUGCAGUACUGUGGGCGUUUUCCUCAGCACACUCCGCUGUUCAGAUUACCACAGUGAGCUGCACUUUGAUAAUUACGUUAUACCGUUAUCCACCAUCGAAGAGGAAAAGCCCCCAGCUCCUGGGUGUGUGGACAUUACUGAACUGAAACCUCUUGUGGAGAACUGCGUAGAGAAGCAUCCGCUAUGCCCGUCACUCGCUAAAUUCCGCUUGAUGCAGCUGGGCGGCGAUGUCAGAGAUGAGACUGUCUUCUCGUUAACUGAGAAGUACAAGGAAAGUGACCAUGCCUUUGAUGUUAACGCAGAGGUGGAAGACGAUGGCCCAGAGCCAGCAGGCCAGGAGAUGGAUGACUUUGAUGCGGACGUAUGCGAUGAGAAUGAAGAUCUGGGGGAGUUUUCAGAACAGCGUGAAGCUUGCAGGGCAGAAAGAAAAGGAUCACAGAUAACACAGAUUGGGGAGGCUGACAUAGGUACCAUGUGUCUCCAGUUGUCCUCUUGUCCUGGAGAAUACUCUUACUUCAGUCCUCGUACCAUGUCCAUGUGGGCAGGUCCAGAACACUGGCGCUUCCGGCCUCGGCAGAAAGUUGAAUCUGUUGGCGACAAGCAGAAAUCCAAGAAGGUGAAAAAAGUCUUUGAACUGAACUUUGAAGAGGAUAUCCAUUUUGAGGCUCAUUUUUGUAAGACUAGGGCAGCUACAACACUUGCAAAAGCCACCCUUGAGAACCAGAAUAAGAAGUCUACCACGCUGCCAGCUGACUUCCACUACGACCCAGACAACAUUGUAAAGAUGAGCUUAAGGCCAGCAGAUAGGAUCAAGAAGAUGGCUCCUAAAGACCCCGUAUCUGAAGAUGGUAUUGGAGAGUAUGACUAUAACAAUCCCAAUGAUACCUCAAACUUCUGCCCAGCCCUUCAGCUUGCAGACAGUGACGAUGAUGAUGGUGGAUUCAUGGGAGCUGCUGAUGACUAUACACAGUUUCCCAUACACAAUGGGUUACCUGAGAACAGCUUGAGCCUUGAUGGGGAACACAAUCUGAUUGCAGAACCGCAAAAGGUAAACAGGAUAGAGAUAAAUUAUGCUAAAAUAGCUAAAAAGAUGGAUAUGAAGCACCUGAAGACAAGCAUGUGGGGACUGCUGACUGACAACACAGAGCAAACGCCCAGAAAUGAAGCAGAGACCGCAGUUGUUAAGGAUGAGCGGGUUUUCAGCAGUAUCACACGCGAGCUACAGAAAAGAUUACCCACCACAAUGGCACAGAACCUCUCUGUACCACUGGCCUUUGCUUGUCUUUUGCAUCUGGCUAAUGAAAAGAAUUUAAAGCUACAAGAAGUGGAAGAUCUGUCUGAUGUGUUGAUAAUGCAAGAAGACUGACCUGGAAACCAGAGUGAAGCUGUGCUGCCUGACACCCUGGGGAAUAAAUCUGGCAUAAAAUAAAUAUGGAAAUCUGGAUACUUUAAGAACUUUCUCCUGUCAGGAUCUGUUACUGUGGGUUUACAGCAAGAUGAAUUUGUAAAUAAUGUAUUUAUGUGAAAUUUUACUUUUUCAUUUUGAUUUUCUUUUUCAUUAUUAUUCUCACACAUCUCUACCUAUUAAAAACAAAAUAAAAUGUCAGCCAAAA